AUGGGAAAAUCCAAGUCCAAGACCACCCAGCUGGAGCCCGUCUCCCCAAUCUCCGACAAUGCCGAACCCAAGCGCCCGGGAACCUCUGGUACUGAGAACCUGUUGAUGACGACGACUCGAAACGCGUCGGUGCAAUAUUCCAAAGCUCAGCGCGCCGAGAGGGCCUACCGCACGAAGAAGCAUGCGACACUGGCACGCGCCAACUACAAUGAGACCAAGGCCAACUUCAAGGAUGGCUUUUCUCACCUAUGGAAAGGCAUCAAGGGAGCUUUUUCGGUUCUAAAAGCCAUUCCUUACCUGGUUGGAGAAAAGCGCGAGAACCGGAGACAGAUCGCCGAUGCAAAGGCACGUGAGAAAGAUCUUGAGCGCAAGAAGAAGCUUGAGGAGAGGCUGGCUAGAGAGGCAGGAGAUGAGGAGAAGGAAUUGGAGACGCCUGCGAAAUAG